GUUUGUCCAGCUACACUAUAACUAGCAGGACCGGCCUAAAAUGUAAGCAUAUUGACAGGACAUUUGAAAUUGUGUUUAUGCCUCACGUGUAUCUGACAAUCCUUCACCUUGAUCCCUUCACGUCACAAGGCAACAGAUCCGAUAAUACAUUUUGAAAAGGCAACCAGACCAACUGUUCAGAAAAAGCGGUUAACAGGGAUUUCCUCCUCACGUAAUUAGGAGUAAUUUAUCUAAAUGGGCCUUGUGUUUACACGAGAUCGCAGCCCUGUAGGAAUCACUAACCCGUCAUACUCAGGACUUCGAUGUGAUGUCUUUUUUACAUUUAUUUUGCGAACCUUCUGAGCCACGAAACUAAAAGCCAAUCAAACCCGUCAGUGUGUGGACACAAGUUUUGGCAUUGCUGUGAUUGGUUGAAAGUUCUACUACCUCCUUGGAGCUCUUCCUAGUUAGUUGACAGAAAAACUGAAGUUACCCUACUCCUGGAUCACAAAGAGGAAAGCGCCACUUCCUCAUGUUUGUUUUGCAUGCUCUGGUUUAUCUCUAAAGGACAGUGUUAGCAGAAAUGGCGUCACCAGUGAGUUCCAAAGAUAGUAUAUCUUCCGACGAGGACGUUCGGCCGCAACCAGUGGCAAAGGAGCGGAAAAUUCAAGUGUCAAGUCUACCUUUCAGCGUGGAGGCUCUGAUGUCAGAUAGGAAUACGCGCUGCGAUUUUACUGGUAAAACAGAGGGAACUUUGACGGGCACGCCCCGGACGCACGCUGGUUUAUCAAUCUCCAGAGAUUCCUACAGUCCCGAGGGAUUUCCAAAGCACUUUGUCCCCAUGUCGCCCGUCAAAUCAGAGGCAUCGGAGCAGGAUGAGUCCGUACCUUGGGUAACGAGCCAGAGCUUCUCUCCACCACCACGGCAGCUCAAUCCAAGCUCCUGUGCCCUGAGGAAGCACAAGACCAACAGGAAGCCACGCACCCCCUUCACCACGUCCCAGCUGCUCGCUCUGGAGCGCAAGUUCCGUCAGAAACAGUACCUGUCCAUCGCCGAGCGGGCUGAGUUCUCCGGCUCGCUCUGCCUGACUGAGACACAGGUGAAGAUCUGGUUCCAGAACCGGCGCGCCAAGGCCAAGAGACUGCAGGAGGCCGAGCUGGAGAAGCUCAAGAUGGUCGCCAAACCGCUGCUCCACCCCGGGUUCACGCUCCCGUUCCCCCUCAGCGCUCCGGUCCAGUCCGCCACCACGCUCUACGGACAGUCCUACUUCCAGCGACCCGUGCUGCCCGUUUCGCCCGCGGCAUUCUAUGCCACGCCCAUUGGGUACAGCAUGUACCACCUGUCCUGAGUCCAGCAGAGACCACCUGUGUGAUAUGAAUAAUGGGCGACAGAGACAGGUGAAACACACCUGGCUCCCAUCGUGUCCUGAGCUUCAGUCAUAUUAUGCAGGCCUGAGUAACACUCUGGGGUGCAGACUUGCAGUCUCUCAGGAGGCCUAUAAACAUCCUGAACAGGUUACUGUAACCUGGCCCCACACACUGAACAGGGUUUACUGUAACCUGGCUCCACACGCUGAACAGGGUUUACUGUAACCUGGCCCCACAUUCUGAACAGGGUUUGCUGUAACCUAGCAACACACUCUGAACGGGGUUUACUGUAAUCUGGCUCCACACGCUGAACAGGGUUUACUGUAACCUGGCCCCACACACUGAACGGGGUUUACUGUAACCUGGCCCCACACACUGAACGGGGUUUACUGUAACCUGGCUCCACAAGCUGAACAGGGUUUACUGUAACCUAGCGACACACACUGAACAGUUUACUGUAACCUGGCCCCACAGGCUGAACAGGGUUUACUGUAACCUAGCGACACACUCUGAACAGGGUUUACUGUAACCUGGCUCCACACGUUGAACAGGGUUUACUGUAACCUGGCUCCACAGGCUGAACAGGGUUUACUGUAACCUGGCUCCACAGGCUGAACAGGGUUUACUGUAACCUGGCCCCACACACUGAACAGGGUUUACUGUAACCUGGCCCCACAGGCUGAACAGGGUUUACUGUAACCUGGCCCCACAGGCUGAACAGGGUUUACUGUAACCUGGCCCCACACACUGAACGGGGUUUACUGUAACCUGGCUCCACAAGCUGAACAGGGUUUACUGUAACCUAGCGACACACACUGAACAGUUUACAGUAACCUAGCCCCACAGGCUGAACAGGGUUUACUGUAACCUGGCCCCACAGGCUGAACAGGGUUUACUGUAACCUGGCUCCACAGGCUGAACAGGGUUUACUGUAACCUGGCCCCACACGCUGAACAGGGUUUACUGUAACCUGGCUCCACAGGCUGAACAGGGUUUACUGUAACCUGGCCCCACACACUGAACAGGGUUUACUGUAAUCUGGCCCCACACGCUGAACAGGGUUUACUGUAACCUGGCUCCACAGGCUGAACAGGGUUUACUGUAACCUGGCCCCACACACUGAACAGGGUUUACUGUAAUCUGGCUCCACAAGCUGAACAGGGUUUAGCCCCACACACUGAACAGGGUUUACUGUAACCUGGCCCCACAGGCUGAACAGGGUUUACUGUAACCUGGCCCCACACCCGCCUGGCUGCCAGGUUCAGUCUCCUAGAACGUGCUUCUGACAGAUUGCCUGAUCAAAUAUGAUGACAUGGAAGCCCAUUAACUGAUUUUCAUUGUUUAUGGAAGUAUUUAUUUCCUUCUGCAUUUUCCAGAGCACUUUUAUUCCUGUUAACUGCAGCACAGUUUUUCCUCAGUGCCAUUUUUCUUACUUCUGUGACAGAAAGGUGUCAUGGUACCGUUGCACAUCCGUCAGCAGCGAGCUUUAACAUUGUAUAAUCAGAAUGAAAAAUGUCAUGGCCCGCUCAGGACUGGUGUAAUUAUAUUUAUAAUGGAAAUGUAAUAAUCAGUUCAAUUUUUUACUCAAAGCAAAGGGUGAUCAUGUGUCAUGUGGUUUGAUUAAGCACUUGAGUUGGUUUUUUCCAUUUAUUUUGGGUUAGUUUCACCAUGACAGAUUCAACAUGGUUCACUGCAUAAAUAUGCAUCUAUAAUGUGAAAUAAAGUUUUGUGUUUUGGUUACAGGUGGGGCUGCUGGUAAGUCUCUGUCCAGCACUUAUUGCAGUUUGCAGUCUGGCAAUUAUAAAGCACUUCAGAUAACAGCUCUGUUGGGUUUUAAAAUGUCACUGAAAUUUGACCCAGAAUGAAUGUUGGAGAUUUACUGGAACAACAAAAACUGAGUGCAUAGCAUGCAGUGCACACAUGGGAAUAUGCAGAAAGAUAUGCAACAUGUAUGUAACAUAUGUGAAACAUAUCAAUUAGUACCUGAAUGUUCCUUUGAAAGGACCUGUUCUGUACAGUUUUAUAAAUAUUAUCAAAGAUAAUGUUCCCAUGUUUCUUUUUGAUAUUAAAUUAAAAUGUCUAGAAACAAAUCAUCAUUCUGCUUGUUUUAUGCUUUUCAUGU